GACACAGAUAAGACGGUCACAUUAGUGGACAGGAUGAAGCUCCUUCUCCUCUUCGUGUGUAUUGGGCUUAGCUCGGCUCAGUUUAAUCCCAACACAAGAGCUGGACGGACAACUAUUGUUCACUUGUUUGAAUGGAGGUGGGAUGACAUUGCUGCAGAGUGUGAACGAUUCUUGGGGCCCAAUGGAUUUGGAGGAGUCCAGGUUAGUAUAUCAUGUACCAGAUUUAAGUAAGGGGCAAUAAGAUGUGCAUCUGUUAGAAAACAAUGUGCAUAUGCUCAAUUCCAUAAAUGUUUACUGUAGAUUUUUCACAAAGAACUCAUAAAAAUUACUUUCAGCCUGUUAGGACAGCAAGAAAGUGCACCACAGAAAAAAAUAUUACCAAACAAAUCCCCAUAUUUAUCUUUGUCAUUUGUGUUUUGAGUCAUUUGCAGUAUGAAUGCUACUAGCACCAGUGAUACCAGUGGCGUACAUACCAGGGUAUGUACGCCCGGUAUGUACGCCCAGGGCCAGCCUCUUCCCCCUGGGGGGCCCAGGAGCCGACCACCCCAGGGCCCCCCUGAGGCUGGCCCCGCUGACCCCGGAUGGCAGGUGGCCGGUCGGGCAGGCAGGCGGGCGCGAGGGAGCACUCAGUGCUUCCUCUUCAGCUCCCUCGCGCACCGCACUGAUGCCGGAGCCGGAAGAUGACGUCAUCUUCCGGCGCCGGCAUCCCUACGCGGCGCGCGAGGGAGCUGAAGAGGAAGCACUGAGUGCUCCCUCGCGCCCGCCUGCCUGCCCGACCGGCCAGCCACCCGCCCAGGAGCCCAGCAGCACCACUGGACCCCAGGGAAUCCCCCCAGCACUCCAAAAGGUAAGGAGGCUGGGGGGAUUACAUUUAAAAAUUUUUUUUAAAAAAUCAUGUGUGUGUGUGAGUGUUAGUGUUAGUGUGUGUGAGUGUUAGUGUGUGUGAGUGUUAGUGUGUCUGCUAGUGAGUGUUAGUGUGUGUUAGUGUGUGUGUCUGCUAGUGAGUGUCAGUGAGUGUGUUACUUUGUGUGUCUUACUGAGUGUGUGUGUGUUAGUGAGUCUGUUUGAUGUCUGUUAGUGAGUGUGUGUUUGUCAAUGAGUGUAUGUUUUGUAAGUGAGUGUGUAUGUAUGUCUGUCGCUGACUGUGUCUCUGUCAGUAAAUGUGUGUGUCUGUUAGCUAGUGUGUAUGCGUCUGUAAGUCUGUGUGUGUGUGUGUGUGUGUGUCUUCAGCACUUACCUUUCUCCCUUGGCGCUGAGGACCCCUCAGCCUCUCAGCUCCGAAUGCGACCGCGCACGCAUUCAAACCGCCCAUAGGAAAACAUUACUCAAUGCUUUCCUAUGGACGUUCAGUGUGCUCCUCUAGCGGCUGUCAGUGAGACAGCCACUAGAGGCUGGAUUAACCCUCAGUGAAACAUAGCAGUUUCUCUGAAACUGCUAUGUUUUCAGCUGCAGGGUUAAAACUAGAGGGACCUGACACCCAGACAACUUCAUUGAGCUGAUGUGAUCUGGGUGUCUGUAGUGGACCACUUUAAAGGACCACUAUAGUGCCAGGAAAACAUACUCGUUUUCCUGGCACUAUAGUGCCCUGAGGGUGCCCCCACCCUCAGGGACCCCCACCCGCCCGGCUCUGGAAAGAGGUAAAACUUACCUUUUUCCACCGCUGGGCGGAGAGCUCUCCUCCUCCGAUCCUCCUCUUCUCCUCCCCGUCGGCUGUAUGCGCACGCGUGGCAAGAGCUGUGCGCGCAUUCAGCCGGUCACAUAGGAAAGCAUUCAUAAUGCUUUCCUAUGGACGCUUGCGUGCUCUCACUGAAAAUCACAGUGAGAAGCACGCAAGCGCCUCUAGUGGCUGUCAAUGAGACAGCCACUAGAGGCUUUAGGGGAAGGCUUAACCCAUUCAUAAACAUAGCAGUUUCUCUGAAACUGCUAUGUUUAUGAAAAAAUAGGUUAACCCUAGCUGGACCUGGCACCCAGACCACUUCAUUAAGCUGAAGUGGUCUGGGUGCCUAGAGUGGUCCUUUAAGUGUGUGUGCAUCUGCAUGCACUGGCGUACAUACCGCGGUCGCAGCCCUGUAACCCCUGCGACCAGGUGCCCACCGCCAUGUGUUGCGGCCCGGCCCGCGUGCGGGGGGGGCCCACGGGUCAUGUGUACGCCACUGAGUGAUACCGUUAGGUGACCUAGGCAGCCACCUAGGGUGCACUAAACCAUGGCAGAGCUAUCUCUGGAUGACCAGCAGGAGGGGAGUGCACAGCACUCCAUCCUGAAAGUCACUUCAUGUAGUGUGUUUGAGUGGACUGCAUUAGACGUCUUCUGUAUCUACCUGGUCUGACAGAAAGUGCUCACUAAGAGCAAAGAACAGCUUCCCGUUAGACUGAGUAGAGGAAAGAGAAUAUCCUCUACCACACACUGCUCGACUACGCUACAUGUAAGUAAGCAAAGGGAAAAGAGACCACAAAAGGAUGAGACAGACAGAGAAAGAGACACACAGAGGGCCUGCGGAAGUGACAAAAAUGGGGCGGGAAGUGACAAAAAAUGGGGCUGGGGGGACAAUGAGCCACAUAAAAGAGAUGGGGGGACAAAGAGACAGAUAGAGGGCUGGGGUGGACAAUGAGGCACACAGAGGGGCUGGGGGAUCAAAGACACACAAGGUGAAUAGAAGGGCUGGGGGUUACAAAGAGACAGACAGAGGUACUGGGAAAAAAAAGAGAGACACAGCGAGGCUGAGGGGGAAAAAUAAACCCAGAGAGUGAUGGGGAGAACAAAGAGACACACGGAAGGGCUGGAGGGACAGAGAGACCCACGGGGCGGGAGGGGGGGGGGGAGGGAGGUUGUGGGGGACAAAGAGACCUACAUAAGAGCUGGGGGGGAACAAAGUGACCCCCAAAGGCCUUAGGGGGGACAAAGACACACAUGGGCUGUGGAAGGGGACAAUAACACACACAGAGGGCUGGGGAAGUGGAAAAGACAUGCAAAUAAACUGGUGGAAGAGACAUGUAAAGGGGCCUGGGGGGAGAAAGAAACCCAAAAAGGUGCUGGGGGGGAAGACAUACAAAGAAACUGGGGGGAGAAAGAAACACACAAAGGGGCUGGGAGGAGAAAGUGACGUAUAAUGUUAACAAUAUUUGUACUUAGGGUGCAAUAUAGUCUAGCACAGGCCCUGAAUGCUACCUAUGCAAUAUAUCAUUGCUCUCUUUCUUGAGUGAUGGUCUAUGUGCAGGGUGUAUUGCAUGAUAAUAUUAUGAUAUUAUAUCAACAUUUUUACCCCAAACAAUCUCCUAAACUGGAACUAAUGUAGAGGAGGCCCUAGUGCAAGAAUAUUUUUUGAGCCCCCCUCUAUUGCAUGGGUGGCUAAAAGGUAGAUCUCCGUCUGUCAUACAACUCCCACAUCUACCAUUUCUCAUAAUUGCCAGAUUGUAUUUAGCACUGAGCUGUGUUUGAAUGUAAGCUUAUUUUUGUAUGACAUAUGUGUUUGUGAAUGUAGGGGUGUAGUGUUGGCAUCUCUAUUCACAUGCAUACGCACACAAACUGCCACACACACACACAUUGAUACACAUUCACACACUGACACGCAUGCAGAUAUACAGACACACAUAUAAACACACAAUGACACACAUACAGAUAGACAGACAUACAGAUAGACAGACAUACAAAUACACACAAUGACAAACACAUACAGAUACAGAUACAGAGACACACAGAUGCCCAUAGUGACACACAUAUCCUGCAGGGUUGCCAUCAUAACACUUAUGGCCCCAUACAAACACAGUCACUGAGUCCCACACCAACCAACACAUACUUACACAUAUGCUUCCAGAUAUAUAGAUACACACUCACACACACAAACACUUACAUCUAGACACACUCAUGAGGAUACACACACACUCAGAUACAAAUUGCCAGACAGACAUAUACUCACACAGUGAUUCUCAAUGUCAGGAGAGACCACUAAUGGAAAGUCGGGGAGAAAAGGAGACCACUAAGGGAGGUGGAGGGGGAGAGGAGAGACCACUAAGGGGCAGGGGAGAUCUCUAAGGAAUGGAAGGGAGAGCUCUAUAGGACAGGGGGACAGGGAGCUCUAUCACACCACGCGCACACACACACACACAAUGCAUCUCUAUACACACAGAAACACAACAUGCUUCCCUUACACACAGAGAAACACACAAUGCAAACCUUACACAUAAAGACAAUGCAUCCUUUGCACAUAUACACAGAACACACACAAUGCAUCCCUUACACACACAUGCAAACACACACUGUUUUUCUUACACACACACACAGAAACACAAUGCAUCUCUUACACACACUCAACACACCCCUUACAGACACACACACUGCAUCCCUUACAUACCCCUUUGCCUAGGGCGGCAAAAAUCCUUGCACCGGCCCUGCUGGCAGGUACACGAACACUAACAGGCUCACACAUACACACACUAACAGACACCCAAGCUGAUAGCUACACAUACAUAAGAACUGACAGAGGCACACACAAACAUUGACAUUUAAGAUGUUUAUUUACCCUACUCUUUGCCUAUCAUUUGCCAAGAAGGUUGCUUCUCUGUGUUCAGUGGAGAUUCAGCACUGAGUGUUGGCUGUACUCAGGGGGCUGUGAUUGGCAUUUUCUCUCUACACACAUGGCCUCCUGUGAGCACUGGGCAGAAUAGAUCAGUUAUUACACACUCCCAGUGCAUAAAUGCAUGUGGAAAGGGUGUACUUUGUAAGGGGUCCGGGUUAUCACCAAAGUAUGCAAUAUGGUCUGGUGCCCAACCGGACCAAAUAGCAUCACAGUACCCUUGCAGACCUCAAAGCAUGAUGGUCCCCUUGAAAGAUUAUGAGCUGUACCCUCCUGAUGGUGACCAUGCUGCCCUGGAAACCUCUGUUUAAAGACAGCAUCUAUCUUUCUCCCCCCGCUCUCCCAAGCUCCUUCUCCUUGUCUUCCCAAAAUGCCUUCUCCCUUUCUCUUACUCAGCAUAAUCUAUUCCUGACUCUAUCUCCCACUCCCCCCAAAUCUUCAUUUCCAUCUCUUCUCCCAUUCCCAUUUGUCUCUUUCCUCCAGCACAGUAAGUUGUUAUUGACUACUGGGGUUGCAUCACCUUCUGCUUCCCUCCAUAAAAGAGCAGCUCCCACAUGGUGUGAUUAGCCUUACUAAGUGAGGAGAGGGACUCAAAUUUUAUUUUCUGCUCCCUCCAUCAGUAGCUUCAUGAUGUAUUGCAGUGGGAAGGAGCAGACCAGCUCCUUUAUAGAUAAAACCUUCACCCAGACGUCCAACAAUUAGUGCAGGCAAUCCCUUAAUCCUUGGGACUGCCUGCAAUAUAAUCUGAUGCUUGGCAUCUAUGCUGGUGAACACUUUCCCUUCCCCAAAUCUGUGGUAAUGCAUGGAGUGGCUGGCUGCUGCUGCUCCUGCCACCUCCUAAUCAUGGGCAACCCUCUGGUUGUGGCCCUCUUUUGCCUGCCAUGCUACAGGCCUGGUACACCAGGUAGGUGAGUUAGGUGACCACAAGGCUCCAGCCCACCAGAUGGCCCUAAAUGCAUGAGCUCUCACAUCUUCCAAGCACUGGCUGCUGAUAUGAGAGGGGACAGUUUGCCCUGUUAAGGCACCUGCCCACUAGAUGGCUCUAAGUGUACCCCCCUCCCACUGACACAUACAAACACUCUGAAACACAGAAACACGUCGUGGCACACAGGUACACACCCUGACACACAGAUGCACACACUGACACGUACAAACACCCUAACACACAGAUACACACACUGGCACACAUUGACACACAGAUCCACACACUGACACAUAUAAACACCCUGACACACAGAUACACACAGUGACACAUACAAACACACAGACACAUACAAACACUGACACAUGCACAAACUGACACAUACAUACACACAAUGGCAUACACAUACACUCACUGACACAAAUAUAUGCACACAUAUAUGUCAGAAUGUUUAGGUUUACCUGGAGUCCUGCUGCUUGCUCAGUCCGAUUGGAGUGUGGUUCUGGAGCUGGGCUUCUCCCCCUCCUCUUGUGCUGCCUCCUCCCACUCCUGCUGUGGCUGCUCUCCCUCACAUGUGGCUCUUCCUGACGACUCGCUGAUGUGAAAGGGGCCUGGUCAGGCUCUUAACGGUCUGCAGCGCCUGACUGGGGCCCUUUUCAGAAAUACCCAUCGGCUGACCCUAACUGCAUGAUCCACCCGAUGGGCCCCCUCAGUGUGUGUUCCUGGUGCAGCUGCCCUGUCUGCACCAGUGGUAGUUCCACCACUAAAGAGGGACAUAAUGAUAAGAAAAAGCAAUUCAAACGUAACAUGCAUAUAUUAGCACUGCUCUCUAUGCACUGCACCUAUUCAUCUUUUCCUGAAAAGUAAGAUAAAUAUAUGCCAUUCCUGUGUUUUUCAGGUUUCUCCAGUAAAUGAUCACAUCGUUCUCAAUGAUCCUUGGAGACCAUGGUGGCAAAGAUACCAGCCAAUCAGCUACAAACUCUGCAGUCGCUCUGGUAAUGAACAGCAGUUCAGAGACAUGGUGACACGUUGCAACAAUGUUGGGGUAUGUGACAUUUCAAAUAAUCCAUAAAUGAGGAUAAUUAUUAUUAUUAUUUUAAUACUCUUGUUUAUCUAUGAUCUAUUUGUAGAACUAAUGUCUGUCUUUUGGGCAAAUGAGGUUGCGGAAAAACUAUAUAGCUCUAAAUCAAGCUAUAGAAAUAUUAUUAUUUGAUUUCUUAUACAGUGCCAACAUAUUCUGCAGCACUAUAUAAUAGAGACAAUGCAGAAAACAAUUAAAAGAUAGUGAUACAAAAGGAAAUAUAAAGUUGAAUUUAUACUGAGAAAAUAAGUCUUUAUAAAAAUCUUUACAACAAUAUUUCUAAAAGUAGUGUUUGUCUAUUUUGUAAAAAUUGCAGUCAGCUAGAACUGGGUACUGUAGGGGUACUAGAGUAACAGAGCAGAAGCUGCUACAGAAUGUGUCCCUUCUUAUCUUCAAGACCUCGGGAUCUCUUCUAGGUCCUUCCCCACAACCCUCAGCCAGCCACUUGAGAGAGUGUUGAAUAGCUCUUUUGAAACUCUCCCCAUACACCAAACAAGACUUAGUGAAGGGAAGAGCAACGCGUGUUUUUUGAAGUGGACAUCAGUUUAUAUAGAAACACACAAGGGGAGGACAAAACAUAACAACCAAUAUCAGUAACAUGACUUAGCAUAGCAGCCGUUAACAAUAACAUGUUUAAUUAAAUUACACCCAUCCCUGGUGACGGUGUGUCCGGGCAGCGUUAACUCAUUCAAAGUGUCAGACUUUACUUAUAAUACAUAAAAAGCGACUGCGCAACCAACACCAACAGAUUUUAGAGCAGAAUAUUUUCUAGGUAUUAACCCAUUAUAUGCCAGCUUGAUUUGUUAAAGUCACAAGAUAUAAUUUCCAUUAAAAAAAAAUAAAAUGCCAAUCUGUGGAACCUCAUGUAAACUACAAUGGAGGAUAAAACAAAUUGUGAAAUGCUGCCAGAGCUCAGGUUGUAGCUUCAGGUUGGUUUGGUUGAUAUUUUGCAUGGAUUUGUCCGAUAACAUGUUCUGUUUAUCCACUUUUCGUAGGUUUAUAUUUACGUGGAUGCUAUCAUUAACCACAUGUGUGGCCAAGGUGGAGGCACAGGUACUCAUUCUUCCUGUGGAAGCUAUUUUAACGCAGGUGCAAGAGAUUUCCCAUCCGUCCCAUAUUCCAACUGGGAUUUCAAUGAUGGAAAAUGCCGAACUGGUAGUGGGGAGAUUGAAAACUACAAUGAUGCUUACCAGGUGAGCACUAUCAUAUGGUAAUGGUCAGCCCUAAGAGAAUACUUAGUUAUCUACUCCAUCCACUACACCAUGUAGCUCUAACAGGUGCCUUCACUAAAGUGAGAAUUUUUGGGAAUACAAAGGGAAUCUGAAACUGAAGGCCAAAAUAGCUGAUUUGAAAGCAUACUCAACUGGGAAAAUGUUUCUGGUUGAUCUAUUUUGGCCUUAUAACUAAAAUACACUCUGAGUUUCCUGCAAUACUCACUGUAACAGAGAACAGGCAAAAAUCUCCAGGCGCUCACAGUGUUCAAGCCGCAGGCAGGUUUUUUGAUUCAAAACGUCAAAGCAACAUUUCAACCUGCUAAGAGGUCUUUGUCAAGUUUGUCAUCAAUGAAUCAGAACAAAAAGAAAUGUAACUUAUAGGACAGUUUAAAUAAGCUUUGAACAUCAUGACUCUAUAUGGGUAUCAAAAUAGGGGAUUAGUUUUUCAUGCAAAUCUUUAUUAUUAGAGCCUGUUUUUCUGGGAUCAACACUGUAAAAGGCUAACAAUCUAAUUAAAUAAACAUCACUUACUAAGAUAUGUAACAGGGUUGAUGUUCCAGGAUUUGCCAAAUGGCAAAUCAUUUAGGUAAACUAGAAAAAUGGUCAGAGCUGUGGCAGCUGACAUUUAAUGUGGAUAAGUGCAAGAUAAUGCAUAUUGGAUGUAAAAACCCAAGGGCAGAGUACGGAAUAUUUGAUAGAGUCCUAACCUCAACAUCUGAGGAAAGGGAUUUAGGGGUGAUUAUUUCUGAUGACUUAAAGGUAGGCAGACAAUGUAAUAGAGAAGCAGGAAAUGCUAGCAGAAUGCUUGGUUGUAUAGGGAGAGGUAUUAGCAGUAGAAAGAGGGAAGUGCUCAUGCCAUUGUACAGAACACUGGUGAGACCUCACUUGGAGUAUUGUACACAGUACUGGAGACGUAUCUUCAGAAGGAUAUUGAUACCUUAGAGAGAGUUCAGAGAAGGGCUACUAAACUGGUUCAUGGAUUGCGGGAUAAAACUUACCAGGAAAGGUUAAAGGAUCUUAACAUGUAUAGCUUGGAGGAAAGACGAGACAGGGGGGAUAGAAACAUUUAAAUACAUAAAGGGAAUCAACACAGUAAAGGAGGAGACUAUAUUUUAAAGAAGAAAAACUACCACAACAAUAGUACAUAGUCUUAAAUUAGAGGUGUAAACAUAAUAUCAGGAAGUAUUACUUUACUGAGAGGGUAGUGGAUGCAUGGACUAGCCUUCCAGCUGAAGUGGUAGACGUUAACACGUGAAGGAGUUUAAGCAUGCAUGGGAGAGACAUAAGGGUAUCAUAGCUAUAAGUUAAGGCCAGGAACUAAUGAAAAAUUUAGAAAAUUGGGCAGACUAGAUGGGCCGAAUGGUUCUUAUUUGCUGUCACAUUCCAUGUUUCUAUGUUUCUUACUUCAAUACGUUUUUAUAGGUUGAUAUAACUGAAGCACUAAUGUAAUAAAUAAAUACAUAUAUCCAAGUGUUUCUUAUUCAUAGGUCAGAGACUGCCGCCUUGUUGGUCUUUUGGAUCUGGCUCUGGAAAAGGAUUACGUGCGUGGAAAGAUUGCGGAUUUCCUGAACAAUCUCAUCAAUAUUGGUGUGGCUGGAUUCAGACUUGAUGCUGCCAAGCACAUGUGGCCCGGUGACAUCAAAGCUAUCACUGACAGACUUAACAAUUUGAAUACAAGAUGGUUCCCUGGGGGAACCCGACCUUUUAUUUUUCAGGAGGUAAUACUCUGAUACAUCUAUAGAAAAAAAAUAAUAUCUGAACCACUCAACAGUAUAUUUUAUAUUGUAUAUAUGUUCCCAAAGUAGCUACUUAGGAGUUUCAGAAGUAACAGAAAGUACAGAACUUAUCAGACUCAAAGCACUUCCUUAAAAUUAUAUCAAAACAUUUACAUCCAGAAAGCAAGAAAUCAUUGUCUAAGCGGUGCCAUAUAAUUAUACAGAAUAUUAUGGGGAAAAAAUAGUAAUUUAUAAAUAACAGAAUAUAAUAAUAGGAAUUUUAAGCUUCAAAAAAUAGUAACUGUGUGGAAAUGUCAUUAUGUCUAUUGGGAUUUCUUCUCAUUACUUCCAAUAUGUAAAGCUGAUGUGUAAAUGCAAACUUUAGAUAAACACAAUCAAAUUUCCAUUAUUAAUAAAUAAAUUUAAUUAAUUAAUUAAUUGUGAUUAUUUACUUUAGUGGACAAUGUGAAGAUUUGGCUAAGGAAGUGCACGUUUAGGCCAAACUCAUCAAUAUCCAAACAUAGCUAGAUUCAUUUUUCCAGCAUAGUUAUUUUAUCCGAGAAAUAGCCAAAUUGAGCCACGUUCCUUUUUCGUACCCCACAAAUAACAGAACACAUGUUUUCUUGUUCCUCUAUUAGUUAAUUUGAAAGUAUUUGGAAAAUAAAAUUGAAUAUAUCUUGACAAAUGUAAUGCAAUCAUAUUUUUAAAGGUGAUUGAUCUUGGAGGUGAAGGUAUUUCAUUCAAUGAGUAUACCGGAAUUGGUAGAGUGACUGAAUUUAAAUAUGGUGCUAGACUCGGAAAUAUCAUUCGCAAGUGGAAUGGAGAAAAGUUGUCUUACGUAAGGUAAGUCAUGACAGCGGGAUCGAAAUCUUAAGCUCCCAGGACAGUUGAAUUCUUUUUUUUUUUUUUAAAUUAUAAGCAGCGAUUUAUUUAAAAAAUCAAUUAGGCAUACUAAAUUCAAUGAUAAAAAAAAUAUCAGAAUGUCAACAAAAAUUUUACAGGAGAUACUUAAUGCUAAUAAUAGUAAAUACAUACAGGCAAUUGUUAGAUAUUCAAUGUGGUGUUUUCAUUGGUCAUUGCUACGUAAGCCACAGUUCUGUGGAAUAAAAUGUGGUUACACCAAUGCAUCUUCCACAUAAGUCAUAUAAUGAUUCUCUUGAAGUGGACCUCCAAUUUGACCUUUACAACAAUUAAGACAAAUUUUAAUACUUGCAAAAAACAGAGUAUGAGAACUCUGAGAAUGGGCAAAAUCUUAGAGAAACUUAGUAGCCUGCCCUUUGAUUAGUCCACACUCCAGUCUCGCAAAUGUUUUUAAUACUUCCAUAGACUAUGCUUUUGUUCUUAAAGCAUUUGCUAACAAAUAAUUUUAAAAUAUAGUAAAAAAUACCAUAUCUAUUUAAAAAUAAUGAGUGCAUAUUGGAAUAAUGCCCCAUAUAGUACACAUGGCCAUCCCAAUUGUUUAUACAAAACAGGGCAUUUCAUUAUGAAAAGAAUCCAUGCCAGCCAUGUAUUCAAUUACUUAGAUCCCUCCAAAACCUUUUCGCCCCAGUGACCUUCAAUUAUGAAAUUUAACUCCUUCCUCCCACUUUCUAUUCCAAUGGUGCUGUAAUAAUGUAGGGUUGGAGAAACCUAUAAAUAAGGGAAUUACAUUUUCAGUAAUGAAUACAUUUAUAAACGUAAAGUCCUUAAUAAUCUUAAUAAUCAACUAACAAAAAAUAUUUUUUACCACCAAACAGGAAGAUUGUAUAUCGAUGUACUUAAUUCAGUAUUAUUAACAAUAUCCUCUUUUUAUAGGAACUGGGGAGAAGGCUGGGGAUUCAUGUCUAGUAACAGAGCACUGGUUUUUGUAGACAAUCACGAUAACCAGAGAGGCCAUGGUGCUGGUGGAGCCUCCAUUCUUACUUUCUGGGAUGCCCGGUAAUAAAAAAUGUUAAAGUCAUUGAUAAGAACAAAGCAAUAUCUACUGUUUACUUUGCACUACUACUCUUGAUUAUAGGGACCUUUCUGUCACAAUAUGUGUACUCUACCAAUGAAACAUGAAAAAAUUCCAAUAAAAAUAUAUUUAUAAAAAAAAAAAAGAACAAAGCAAUAUCAACAUGUAUGGAUUAAACAAUCUUAGAGCAUUUUACAUAUGUCUGUAGGAAGAUAAAAUGCACAUCCAAAUUAUAUUAAUUAAGAGUAACCCAUGAUAUGGUAAAGAUAUUAUUGGACCAAUGUGAAGUUCAUAAUUUGUAAUGUGCUUCUAUGUGUUUUCCUGUUUAUUGUUUGUACAUAGUGCCUUCUUAAUAGUGACAAAAUAAACACAAUAUUUCCACAGCAGUUUAGCAUAUGUCAAUCAACCAUUAUAGAAAGAUGACACAUUCACCUAGCAACCAAUCGUAGCCAAUUGUGUGUCAUUUCAAAAAACUAUAUUGUAACAUAUUGCACUUCACUGAUAGAAUUGCAUCUAAUACUAACUUGUGAUUUGUUUGUUGUACAGUCUUUACAAAAUGGGAGUUGGCUUCAUGCUUGCCCAUCCUUAUGGGUUUGCACGUAUCAUGUCCAGUUUCAGAUGGAACAGGAAUUUCGUUAAUGGAAAGGUAAGAUUGUCUUUUUGUUUAAAAUUGAUUACACAACUCCUUCCACCAUAGGCUUUAAUUAUCUAACUUUGUCUAAAAAUAUUAUAGUAAAAUUAAAAUCAAUAUUUUCUUUAGGAUGUCAAUGACUGGAUUGGACCUCCAUCUAAUGGUGAUGGAUCUACAAAGUCAGUCCCUAUUAAUGCUGAUUCAACCUGUGGCGACAAUUGGGUCUGUGAGCACAGAUGGCGCCAGAUUAAGUGAGUAAUUUACACUAUGGUAAUCUAAUACGAGAUACAAUAAAGCUUACUAAUGCAUUGUAUUCAUCCAUAACACAUAUUCAGUUUUCUAUAAAAGUUAUAUAGAACAAAGGCUUUUAACCUGAAACAUGUCAAGGAGAUGCAGUAACUGAAGCAGUAUCCUAGUGUAAAUUAACAUCAAGCUGACUAUCUACAGUUGCAAGAAAAAGUAUGUGAACCCUUUGGAAUGAUAUGGAUUUCUGCACAAAUUGGUCAUAAAAUGUGAUCAGAUCAUCAUCUAAGUCACAACAAUAGACAUUCACAGUCUGCUUAAACUAAUAACACACAAAGAAUGAAAUGAAAUUAAAUCCAAGGGUUCACAUACUUUUUCCACCUGCACUGUGAAUGUUUACAUGGUGUGUUCAAUAAAAACAUGGCCACAUUUCAUUCUUUGUGUGUUAUUAGUUUAAGCAGACUGUGGUUGUCUAUUGUGACUUGAUGAUGAUCAGAUCAAAUUUUAUGACCAAUUUGUGCAGAAAUCCAUAUCAUACCAAAGGGUCCACAUACUUUUUCUUGCAAUUGUAUUUACUAGUCAGUAUUGUAUGUAUUUACUUAUUUAAUAUUUACUAGUUUCGCUUUAAGAGCAUUCAUAAUGGGGAUUUUUGCAUAUUUUCUGGAUGAACACAUUACUAAAAGAAAUACUCUAAGCACCAAUUUAACUUAGCUUAUAGGAACACAGUGGUGUCAGGAAUACAUGUAUUCUGAUAUACUCAAUAUACUAUGUAUAGAUCAUGCCCGUGAAAUCUCUCUCAAUUCUCUCCCAUUUAAAGUUGCCACUUUUGUUUCUGUUCAUGCAGCCCUAGCCACACCUCCCCUGUCUGUGACUCACACACAGCCUGCAUGAAAAAUUAUUUCAUUUUUAAUCAGAUCUGACAGUACAGCAUAUAUCUUUAGACUUUCUUUUUAUCUCCUGCUCAGUUCAACCAUAAUUUCACACAGGAGGCUCCUGCAGACUCUAGUUGGCUAUUAAUAGAGCAGGAGCGAGAAGUUCGAAAAUUAAACAUGAUGUGCAAUAAAGGAAGUUUAAACAUUAGAUCUAUCUUUACGGGAAAUGUGUAGGAAGCCUGUGUAGGUCACAUGCAGGGGAGGUGUGGCAAGGGCUACAUAAACAAAGUGCUUUCAUUGCUAAAUGGCUGAGAAUUGAGCAGAGAGAUUGCAGAGACAUAAUCUAUAUACUUUAUUAAGCAAAAGUAAUGUCCAUUUAAUGCUGUAAGGAUUCAAUUCUCAUUACUGCUAGAUGCAACAAUGAUCUGAAUAUACAAGAAUAAAAAUAAAUUCAAAUUAUUCUUUAGUUAUCUGUUGAGGGGAGUUUUACAUGGGGUUUCAUGCCUUUUAUCAUAAAGGUAUGAAUAAUUAAAUCAAUUAUAUUUUGUCAUAAAUAAAAAUGUAACUUGGUUUAAUCAAGAUGAUCUUACAUGCCAGUAACCACUCAUCAUUGUGUUUUUCUCUUUUAAGGAACAUGGCUAUUUUCCGUAACGUAGUAGAUGGUCAAGCCUUUACCAACUGGUGGGACAAUGGAAGCAACCAGAUUGCAUUUGGCCGUGGAAACAGAGGGUUCAUAGUUUUUAACAACGAUGACUGGUCAGUAUAUCAGUCUAAACUUCCAAUAUAAAAUGUAGGAAAUAAUAUUUUACUAAAGGCCUAACACAAAAUAUUUAAUAUCUUUUAACAUUUGCAACGGCUAAAGAGGGGCAUGUUUAUAAAAUAUAGGUGACUAUAUGAAGAGGCUAUAACUUGCUGAUAGUGAUUUACAUAACCAAUUAAAUAACUUACAUCAAAUUCAAAGUAUUUUACAUUCACCCCUAAACUCAUAAUCUUUUAUAAAGAUCCAUUGCAGUUAGUACAUAAACUAGUACAAAGAUGGCACACACAUCCACGACCAUGGGAGGACUUGUAUGAAAGCAUUUGCAGUCUGGAUCACAGAGCCAGAAAAAUGGGGAUAUGUGUGGUAGCCUUUUAUCAUUUUUCUGCUGAUCAAGGCCUCAAUUUAAUAUUUUUGGAUAUUCUUUUCCAAUGAUUUAUUAUUUUUGUACAAACUUUUAGAAUGAUGUAUUUAAAAUAUUAAAAUAUUUCAUAUAUAAUAAAAUCAAUAUAUAAAAUAUUUUCAUAAUAUUAAAUCAUUUUAAGCAUAUAUACAUAUAAUUAGAGGCUUAAAAUAUCAGUGUGUGCAUUUUUAUGUCUGUUGGCACAGAAAUUUGUAAAUGAUGCACCAGAUAAAAAUUGUGUAAGCCAUUUGGAAGCCCAGCACCACCAAAGAGCUGCUCAGUUUGUGCAUGAGCUGAUGGCCAGCAAUCAUAAUGUUCUCCUUGUUUGUAUUGGUCACUGGUUGACCAGGCUACCAUACCUCAAGCUUUUUACAAAUAGUUGUAGUCUGAAAUAAGACAGUGCUUUUGACAUUUUGUUAAACACUCUGGCUAAUAUCGGUGACAAUGGAGUCCGGGAACACUGAGUCCAUAUCUUAGGCAUGCACACUCAUGCUGCAUUUAUCAUAUUAGCGUAAGAUAAAUGGAUAUAUGAUGUCACACUACUCAUCUCCAAAAACCAAAUUCAUCAAAUAUGAUAUAAUAGAUAAUCCAUAUUAAUAGGACCAUCAACAAUGAGAUGUUGAACACUGAGAGCCUCCCACCUGACCAAAGGUUGCCAGCCUUCACUAUUCAUAACAAACAAUCAACAUUCUAAGCAACCAAAAAAAAUAAUAAUGCUGAUCUAGAAAACAAACACAAUUAAAGAGAUUGACUAUAUAUUUUUUUGCAUAAAAUGUAUUUACAAAAAAAAAACAACAAAACAAAACGCAAUUCUUGAAAUGCUUUAAUAUCAGAGCAGUUUGAAACAAUGCAUAAGGGAUGCAUUUUUGACAGCUCUAUUGUACUUAUAUUGUGCACAUCACAGAUAAGAUAAGUCUUGAUUUGAUAUUUGUUCUACAGUUUAAGGUAGUUAUAGCACAAUAAAUCUGCAGUUUCACUUCAUAAUACCUGAGAUGAAGCUAAGUUAUUUGAUUACUGUCGAUAAACCUUUAACAUGUUGCAAACUGUCACCUCUCAAUAAAAAAAUGAAAGAUUUGGCUCUCAAGGAAGAGUUUACCUUUUUCCAAUCAUGCAUUUUUAUUUACCAAAAAACACUUAUUUAAGAUGCGCAAAUAUAUUACUAGGAAAUAGCUGAAAGCUGAAAUAUUUUAUUACACUCACACAAUUUGUAUAUAAACUAAAUGGGUUAUCAUUUUGGCAUUCUCAUUAGAGAACAAUUCAAAAAUCAACAUUUUAAAACUUUCAUAUAUAUUUUUCAAUACUUUAUCAAGAUGCAUAACAUGUUAUUUUUUAAUAUGUUUAUCAAUAAAUUGGACAUUACUGAUGUCUGCUAAAAAAUCUGUUAAGGACUCACCAAUAUGUAAAAUCAUCCUAACAACAAGUGUGGGGGAGCGGGGGGCUAGAUCAACAUAGUCUCAAGAUAUGGACUUUGCACCCAAAAUAACAAACUAGCAGUGUAACCGGUAAUCAUACUCAAGAAUAAUCAUCCUGCCAGCUCUGACUACUUCUUGUUUUGGCAAGCCACACAGAAAACUAUAAAUGAACAAUUUGUCUUUUUUGCCCAAAUAUUAAUCUUUUAAAGUUUUAAUUCACCUGAGGUCUCUUUAGAACAUUUAGCAAGAGCAUAUCAGAAAACUAUGUUUUUCAGUCAGUACAAAAUAUUCAUACUUUGAAAAUUCAAUUAUUUUCUACAGGUACAUGGAUGUCACCCUGAACACUGGUCUUCCAGCUGGUACCUACUGUGAUGUAAUUUCUGGCCAGAAGGAAGGAUCCAGGUGCACCGGUAGACAAAUAACUGUGGCCAGCAAUGGUAACGCUCGCUUCCAAAUCAGCAACCAAGACGAAGAUUCAUUUGCAGCUAUUCAUGUUGAUGCCAGAUUAUAAGACCUAAAUAAAUAACCUAAAUAGAAGCUUCUACUUGGAAUGCAGAUAUAGAACUUCCGCGAUCUGGAAAAGGAAAUAUUGAUGUAUUAAUUCAUAUGCUGGAUAUCUUGUCUAGUCCUAAGUUGUACAUUAACUGCAUUUUAAGCAGGACAUUCUAUCUUUUGCAGUUAUCCUGUUCAUACUGAAUAAAAUCAAAUGCUCAAUAAACUGCUUAUUGAAAGUUUGCCAUCUACAUCUCAUUUGUAAAAUUUGAUCUAAACACAAAUAUAUAUUCAAGAGAAUUGCAUCCAAGUGCAUGU